GCAGAAACGUCAAAACAUUCCCAAAAAUAUUGACGUGUAAGUUUUGCUGCUUAUCGCUGUAGCAUAUUCAUUAAAGUACACGACUCUGGCUAAAAAGCAAUUUUCGAGAAAAUUAGGCUGAUCUCCGGAUACAAAUAUUAAUUUUCGGUUAAUGAACUUUCUAAAAAGUGGUCUGCAAACAGUGCUGGGCUCACAGGAGCCCGGCACUCUACCCAGUGGAGCGGAAACGGUCGAGAGACUGGUGGAGCGAGUAACCUCCUCGACACUCCUUGAGGAUCGCCGCGAUGCGUGUCGUGCGUUAAAGGCGCUGUCGAAAAAAUAUCGAGUUGAAGUCGGAGCACAGGGAAUGCCCGCUCUACUGCAGGUGAUGGAAAUGGACCGUGCGGAUGCGGAAAUCAUUGGUUAUUGCUUAGACACAUUGUGUCACAUCACCUCCCCUGAGCAGUUCGAUGAAGAAGCGGAUAACCCUGCUAUCACCGUUAAUAUCGGAGAGCAGUUUACCGAGAUGUUCAUCAAGACAAGUGAUAACGUUGGUUUGGUGCUGAACUGUUUGGAAGAGUACGACUUUCGAGUGCGCUGGUCGUCUAUCAAAUUGCUGACAAGCCUACUGGCGAACCGACCAAAGGAGAUUCAGGAGAUCGUUCUAGUCAGCCCUAUGGGUGUGUCGAAGCUGAUGGAUCUUUUGAUCGAUAGUCGAGAAGUAAUCCGAAACGAUGCUCUUCUAUUAUUGAUUCAGCUAACAAAAGGAAAUGCCAACAUUCAAAAGAUAGUGGCGUUCGAAAAUGCGUUUGAUCGUUUGUUUGAUGUCAUAAAAGAGGAGGGUUGCACCGAUGGAGGAAUUGUGGUUGAAGACUGUUUGAUUCUGAUGCUUAACUUGCUGAAAAAUAAUCCAAGUAAUCAGCAGUUUUUCAAGGAAGGUUCCUAUAUACAACGUCUAGCGCCCAUGUUUGUCAUUCCACCGGAACAAGAGGAAGUUGGAAUGACACCACAGAAAGUGUCCAAUCUGCUAUGCAUGUUACAGAUUGUCAGGUCAUUGGUAAGUCCAAUCAACCCACAGCACGUCAUAUCUUCCUGCCAAAAGGCCAUGCGAAGCUCAGGGUUAUUGGAAGGACUUUGUAAUAUUCUGAUGGGCAGCGGAAUAUCUCCUGACAUUCUAACUGAAACUAUCAGCACUGUUGCCGAAGUGAUUCGCGGAGAUAUCAACAAUCAAGAAUAUUUUAACUCAGUAUUGGCUCCCAGUAACCCUCCAAGACCAGCAUUGAUUGUUCUACUCAUGUCGAUGGUCAAUGAGAAACAGCCGCUGUCGUUGAGAUGCGCUGUUCUCUACUGUUUCCAAAGCUUUUUAUAUAAAAAUGAACAAGGCCAGAAUGCCCUUAUUCAAACAUUGUUACCAACGACCGCACAAGUAUCUUCCUUGACCUCCGGGCAACUUUUAUUAGGCGGUCUAUUUAGUACCGACCCACUGUCGAACUGGUUCUCGGCAGUAACCCUGUCACAUGCACUUCUCGAAAAUCCAACACAGAAAGAGCAACUACUACGUGUUUUGUUGGCCACACCCGGUGAUAGCACACCGGUACCAUUACUGCAACAGUGCACUCAGCUGUUGCAGCAAGCUAGUAGUAAAUUCCAGAGUAAAGUAGCUCUAUUAAUGCUGCUGGCGGUUUGGUUGAGUCACUGCCAGAUGGCUGUUAAAACAUUCCUCUCGCUCUCAGGUAGUGUAGCAUACCUGAUCGCUCAGAUUUCUGCCAACGAACACGACGACAACGAGUAUCUUAUCCAGGGUUUGUGUGCGUUUCUAAUGGGAAUCUGCGUACAGUUUAACGACAGUUCUGUUUCUGGUAGCAAGCGAGAAGAUCUUUGCCAGCUGCUAAUUAAACGUAUCGGUCUAGAAACGUUCGGAGCCAAGUUGGGCGAAGUGUCCAAGCAUGAGAACUACAGCCGUUCAGCGAAACAUCCACAGAUCAGAACACGUACCAGUUCCGAUUUGCUUCUAGAUUACGAAUUUUGUAAGCUGUUCAAGGCGUUAGAGUCUAUUAUAACAAAAACUGUUAAUGGUUAUGGAAAUGGAGCUGAAAACAUCACAGAGCUUACACUAAGCCAAGAAGCAUCCGGACUUGUUGGUCAAUACAAGGACAUAAUUCGCGAUCAGGACAGCCGCUUACAACAGCUGCAAGAAAAGCUUAAACAGAUGGAAUUUGAACAGACACAACUAAAGGCACAAUUUGAACAAGCGCAAAACACAAACUCCCAUCUAUCGGACCAGAAUAUUCUCUUGAAAGCCCAACUUCAAGCUGCUUCCGACUUACAUAAAACCCAACAGCAUCAAUCGCCAUUUCACUUAUUAGCCACACAAGGGGAAAGUACGGAUCAUCGACAGAUGGAAGAGUUAGAAGCGCAGCUAGCGGCAGUGACGCUUCAAAAUCAGGAAUACCAAUCGAAGGUUGGCUACUGCGAGACAGAAAAUCAACGAUUACGAAAUGAACUAGAGAUUUUAAAACAACGAGCCAUCGAUGCAGAGCUAUCCGCCAAGGAAAAUAAAACUGAUUUGGAAAAUUUACGAAGGGAUCAAGAGGAUCUGAUGGAGCUGAUGACGGAUCAAGAGAACAAGAUGAGAAUGUACCGAGAGCAGCUAAAGAGUCUGGGCUGUAAAGUUGACGACGAUAGCGAUGAUGAUGACGAAGAAGAUGUUAGGCAGGAGAACGGUUUGGCGGAAGAUGGUAAUGUCGGACAUCAACAGUAACAGUGAUUGUGAAACGGCAAAAAUUAAGCAAUGUAUUUAUAAUCUAUGAAUUCCAAUUUCGGCGGAUUCUUAAAAGCUCUGCGUGUAUCUAGUUUGGUCUGAAGUAAAGUAACUCUAGCGUAUGUAAUUCCUACUAGGAGCAAGUUGCCUUGGACGUACUAUACCUUAUAUCCACUUAGAACGAUAAUAUAUUGCAACAUUUAAAAUCUGUG